CAGCAGGAAUUUCCCCAUGGAAAGGGUGCUCAGGCCUUGGCAAGAGCUGCCCAGGGAGGUUUGCAGUGCCCAUCCCUGGAGGUGGCACUCAGUGCUCUGGGCUGGGGUCAGGCACAGGUCGGACUCGAUGUUCCGGAGGCUGUUUCAGAUCCGGAAUUCCGGGGGAAGCGGGAAUAACUCGGGAAUUCUGGAGCCGUUCCCGCUUUCCUCGGCCCCGCCCCUCCCGUCACACUGACAUCAGGCGUCACUUCCUGCCCCUGCUCCCGCUCCUGGGUUAACCCGCGCCCCGCGAGCGGUGGGCUCUCUUUCCGGCGGCGCGCGCCAAGAUGGCGGACACGCAGACGGAACGUGCCUACCAGAAGCAGCCGACGAUCUUCCAGAAUAAGAAGCGAGUGCUGCUGGGCGAGGGUGGCAAGGAAAAGUUGCCCCGCUACUACCGAAAUGUGGGGCUGGGCUUUAAGACUCCGAAGGAGGCCAUCGAGGGUACCUACAUUGACAAGAAGUGUCCCUUCACUGGGAAUGUCUCCAUCCGUGGCCGCAUACUCUCAGGCGUGGUGACCAAGAUGAAGAUGCAGCGCACGAUCGUCAUCCGCCGCGAUUACCUGCACUACAUCCGCAAGUACAACCGCUUUGAGAAGCGCCACAAGAACAUGUCGGUGCAUCUCUCCCCCUGCUUCAGGGACGUGCAGAUUGGGGACAUCGUGACAGUGGGUGAGUGCCGCCCCCUCAGCAAGACCGUGCGCUUCAACGUGCUCAAGGUGACCAAGGCUGCAGGCACCAAGAAACAGUUCCAGAAGUUCUGACCGCAGUGGGGAGAGGCAUGGGAGGAAUAAAUGUUGGGAAAGUGGA